GUACCCGAAGAUCAGAAACACAACACCACCUAACCGAUUGACAAUCUCGGAAGACCAAACCAAUCAGCACAGCUAUUAGCCAUGGAGACCCAACUGGUGGAGCUUUGCUUAAACUCCGCGUGUGAAAGCAGAGACAGCGUCGAGAAAUGGCGGCGGCAGCGGCGGAGUCUAGAGCACUUACCUUCUCAGCUCGCCGACUCUCUCCUCCGUCGCCUCAUCUCUCGCCGCCUCAUCUUCCCCUCUUUGCUCGAGGUGUUCAAAAACAGUGCUGAGGAGAUUGAUCUGAGAGGCGACACCAACGUUGACGCUGAGUGGUUUGCAUACAUUGGAGCAUUUAAACACUUGCGGAGUUUGAAUGUCUCUGACUGCCGUAGACUCACAAGCUCAGCUCUUUGGGCUUUAGCAGGGAUGGAGAGUUUAUGGGAGCUGGAUCUUUCGAGAUGUCCCAAGGUUAAUGAUGGUGGCAUUAGACAUCUUUUAUCUGUGACAAGUUUGGAGAAGUUGUGUAUUUCGGAGACGGGUGUGUCUGCUAAAGGGGUUAUGCUUCUCUCUACGCUUGGAAACUUGUGUGUUCUCAACUUGGGUGGUUUGCCUGUCACUGAUCAAGCACUGAGUUCUCUCCAGGUACUUAAUAAACUCCAGUACCUUGACCUUUGGGGGAGUAAGAUAUCUGACAAGGGUGCUGCUCUACUUCAUAUGUUCCCUAGGUUGACUUUCCUCAAUCUAGCUUGGACAAGCGUCACGAAGUUGCCAAAUCUGUUAACCCUUGAAUGCUUAAACAUGAGUCACUGUACAAUAAAUUCUCUACUUGAAGGAGAUAAUGGUAAAGCUCCUUUAGUCAAGCUUACUGUUUCUGGAGCUACAUUUGGAGAAGAGGUUGCUAAUUUCCAUUAUAUAGAAACAACCAUAUUAACCUUUUUGGAUCUGUCCAAGUCUACGAUUCAAGACUUCAGCUUCUUAUCUCAUCUAAAUGCGCUGAAACACUUGGAUCUCAGCUCAACCGCCAUAGGGGAUGAUUCACUUGAACUUGUUGCAUGUAUUGGAGUGAAUUUGAAACAUCUAAAUCUUAACAAAACCAAAGUAAGCUCUGCAGGAGUUGGAAAUUUAUCAGGGCAUGUACCUAAUCUUGAGGUGUUUUCUAUAUCUCAUACAUCAGUAGAUGAUGUUGCCAUAUCUUACAUUGGGAUGAUGCCUUCUGUGAAGGAUGUUGACUUGAGCAAUACCAACAUUAAAGGUGUCAUUUACCAAGCGGAGCAUGUACCUGAGCCUGAGCAUGUACCUGAGCAUGAGCAUGAGCUUGAGUCUGAGCCUGAGCUUGAGCCAGAUUCAGUCCUCUCACUGUCAGCACUUCAAAGUCUCAGGCAUCUGGAAAGGUUGAAUUUGGCAGAUACACAAGUUAUGGAUGCAGCUCUAUACCCUUUAACAAGCUUUCUGGAGUUAAGGCAUUUAUCUCUUAAAAACGCUUCUCUUACUGACUUCUCCCUUAACUAUGUGUCAUCCAUAUCAAAGCUGACAAAUGUCUGCAUUAAUGAUGGUGUUCUGACAAAUUCUGGGCUCAUUUCAUUCAAACCCCCAGCAACUCUAAGAAUGAUGGACCUGAGGGGUUGUUGGCUCUUAACUGUGGAUGCUAUCACAUCCUUUUCUAAAACUCACCCCCAGAUUGAAGUAUGGCAUGAUCUUAUUCACAUCUCACCACCAGACCUGACUAUUUUUAGUGCUGCACCUUCUUCAAGAUCAACUUUGAAGACUUCACAAGUGAAGAAGGAGAAGCAUGAAAGUAUUCCCAUGUUGGAAUGUUUUUUAGAUCAAAGAUUGAAGUAUAGCAGAGAAGAGCUUCUUUCUAUGCGGUUCUCGUCUGUUUCCCUUGCAGCUCCUAUUGAUAGAGACAUUGGAAUAUGCAACACACAAUUGGGUUAAGCUGGAGCAAAUUCAUUAGUUCCAUCCUGAGUAGUUUGAACUCUUUUCUCUUGUAUGCGAACCUUGUCUCAAGUCGUAUUUAGUACUCAGUGCCAAUGUGCUUAUGUAGUUCUUCUGUCUGUUUUCACAUUCCAAAUUCCCAUGGAUAACUAGAAGUCACUGUAGGAAACGAGGUUGACAAUGUGCAUAGAUUGCACCGUUGAUGAUAAG